GUUGUUACCAUUUUCCGUCUGAAAGCUAGUGUUUUUCAAUUCUCAUGAACGCUAGCUAUAAAUAGCAUCUACUUUAUUAAAGGAGUUACUGAAAUUUUUGGUACAUUUGUAAUUUAGUUGUUUGUUAUACCAAUAUUCUUAUUAAACGUUGACCGGCUUAUAAUUAAUUUUGGUGUAGGAAAAAUUAAUUAAAAUGAGCUACCGAGAUACCUAUUCUCUAUAUCCGAGAUAUCCUUCUUACUCUGCGGCUAAUGAACAGCGAGUAGGCUCCUACCUAAGGACAUUAAUGAGCUAUGGUUCAACGCCGUCUCCGGUGUUAAGUUCGGUGUCAUCUUUUCGAUCUCGUCCUUACACCGGCCUGGGCGUCACGUACAGCCCUACGCCAGAUGUCAACGAAGUAUAUCCGGGUCUAUUCGUCGGAGAUGCGGUGGCAGCAAAAGACAAGGUCUUCCUUCGUCGUAUGGGUAUAAACUACGUGUUAAACACGGCUGAAGGCAAGCGAUACACGCAAGUGGACACGGAUCAUCUCUAUUACCGAGAUUGUCCCGGCCUACGCUACAAGGGUUUUCAACUGAUGGAUCUUCCGACAACGGAUAUAUCUAAGUAUUUCCACAUUGCUGCAAGUUUCAUCGACGAGGGAAUAUCUCGUGGAGGUCGCGUGCUCGUGCACUGCAUGAUGGGUGUUUCAAGGUCAGCUACUUGCGCAAUCGCCUUCCUAAUGAUCAAACGAGGCAUGACCUUGACAGAGGCACUCGCCCUAGUUCGCUCCCGCCGCGACAUCCACCCCAAUGACGGUUUCAUCCGUCAACUGCAAGAGCUAGACAGGGAACUUCGCCUCUCUCGGGUCCGCUGACAUCAGACCCCCGUGCCGCCUCUCUACAGUUGGUCGCUCGAAAACAGGAGCUCCCAUCUACGCGUGCGAAGUCUCGACCGAGCUUAUUCUAGUCGAUAUUAAAUUGAUUUGGUCGUAUCAAACGAAAAUUUUGAGUUUACAAACUGAGAUGAGCGUAUAUAACAAAAUUUUUCUAACUGUUUUAAAAUCUUAUAUUAUAUGUUAUUUAUUGUUAUUGUAUGUCAAAGUACAAAGUUUUCCUUUGUUGAUCUAUUAUGGAUCAGAUCAGAGAGUAUAACUUCGUCUGGUCUUACAGAGUAGUAAUAUUUUUCAUAUAAAAUUAUAAAUAUUUAUUAUGGAUUGUUAAAAUAUUCUCGUGUGCCAUUUUAUUUUACUAUUGAUAGAUAAAACUGCUGUUAUUUUUUAUAUUGUUACCUUUGACUCUAGUAUUAUAAUGCAACUGUCCAACGUAUGCAUAUGUAAAACUUCAUUGCUUCCAGUGAUCAAAAAGUAUAAGUUUUACUAUAAUAGUACAAUUUACGAGCCUUAUACUUGGGGAAAAUUUUUAUCGGAUGAUUACAAUACAAACAAAGAUGGGUAUUUUAUUACAAAAUUUUCACCCAAAACUACAAACAUUUAAAAGAUUAAACAUUUAAAAGUGUAAUUACAGGCACAAGGGACAUAAAAUCUUAGUUCCCAAGGUUGGUGGCGCAUUGGCUAUAAGCGAUGGUUGACAUUUCUUACAAUGCCAAUGUCUAAGAGCGUUUGGUGACCACUUACCAUCAGGUGGCCCAUAUGCUCGUCCACCUUCCUAUUCUAUAAAAAAAAAAAAAAAAAAAAAAAAAAAAACAUGAAAAAACUAUUUAAAGUAUAAAAUAUUAUAUAACUUAUGAAUAUGUUUUGGGUGAAACCUGUAAUCGUGUCCCUCGAAUAAGUUAAGUUAGACUUCUUCAAGACUGCUGUUUAUGGGACUUGAAAGAUUGUUUAAUGAGGUAGAUGUAGCUUAGUGUGUGAUGUGCAUUGUGUGCGUAAGGCACGAAAACAAACUGUCGACCGUGACCACUCAUUGUUGAAGGGUCUCGUUGCCAACUUGUGACAUUUGGCUGCACACGCAUCGUGUGUCAUUGUUCUAAUUCUAUUUUUGAUAUCAACAUUUAAUUUGCUUCUAAUAACAUCGCUUUCAUAUGUUUAUGCCAUCUAUAAAUAUGUUAUUGAAGAGUUAUCCAAGUGAUUCCAGUUUCAUCGAGCUAUAACCAAUAACAUAUAUGUAUAUUCCACUCAGAAUAAGUUAACUGUAACGGAUUCUUAUUUUGCUUUUAGACUGUUAUUAAAAUUCACAUUAAUUUGGGUCCAAUAUCGUCGUAUAAACAGGCCUUCGUAACCUAACCCAUUCAUUGCCGACCAAGAAAAUAGUUACGAUACCUCCAUGCUAUGGGCGUCCGCGGCGCGGCAUCUCCGUAUUUUAUUUUUAUACAUCGGCGUAAAUUUCCCCCCCGAGCUUAAAAAGUCAGAAGUGUUCAAGUUUUUUAAAUUUUGUUGUCGAUUUAAAAUGAGUUUUUGUGAUAGUUUUAGUGAAAAUAUAAAAAAUUGAAUAUUUACUAAAAGCUAAUAAGGUUUGAAAUAGAGACGCCAAUUGAUGCCCUUGGCAUGUGAAUAUAAAUUUCGUGGAUUCGCUCAUUGCAAAUAUCCAAUCGUUUGUAAGUAACAAGUAAACUUCAAGAAGCUGCAUUCUAGUUGAAAACAUUUUAGUUAUAAUAUAAUAAUAAUAUUUCAAUUACCUCCGACUAUCAACUAUCCCUGUCAGAAUGAAUACAAUGGUGAUUGCUCGGCCUUUUGAUUCUUUUAUAGUCUCUUUUGUGAAUUCAUUCAUAAUCAUUAGCAAUUAACUUACUGACGAUAAUAAUAAGUAAUUUAGUUAUUGAAUUGACGCCAUAUAGAAUAUAGAACCUAUUUAACUAUCUAUGUAGCCAUACAAUGUAUAAAAUAUAUUACUCUAUUAAAAUAGUCUUUAUACAGCUAUAUAAAUAUUUUCACAUUUUAAUUAAAUAUAGGAUCAGAGUAUGGUAUUUUUGAAUUGUAAUAAGAAUUAAAACAUUCAAAGAAUGUAGUAACAUUAUUUAUUAAUAAUAGAUUUUAAAUGUGGUUUGUGGCUCAUGCAGGUCUAAAUCUUGCAGCCAGUGUAAUAUUAUGUAGCAGAUACAAGUACUAUAGGGGGUAAAUGUUGUGAUAUUGAAAAGUGGAUUGAAUAAUUGUUAAGCUUUCUUUUUUCAAUUAUUUUUCGAAGUAUGUUUUAUGUGAUAAAAGAUUCUCUCUUUAAAAUAGUUGUCAUAGCUUGUUAUUGAGUCAUUGUAUUGCCUUAUAUAGAGGAGCUAGUUAGUCAUGGUGUUAAAUUUAUUUGAAAUAUUUAUUAUCUGUAUUAGGUAAUCUCUUUAUAAAAAAAAUCAUAUUAUUAUUUAAAUUUUUUACAUAAUUUCUUUGUAACUGUGAUAAAUAUUUUAUGGUAGAUAAUCUUUUUAAAGUACAAGUCGAUGAAAUGAGUCCAAAUAGGUUGUUAGCUGUUAUUGUCAUGUUCUAAGAAUGUCGAAGAUUGUAUUGUCAUCAUGCAAUGGUCUUAACUGCUGUAUAAUUUGGUGUUAGGUUAAUAACAUAGAACAUUAAUAAGAAAAUGUAAAAUUAUUAAUUAUAUUACUAUUUAUUGAAAAUAAAGUUAUUUAUAUUAA